CAAUGUAAAUGCUCUGAAAACUGAAAACCUAAGGAAGACAAAAUAGAUUUGGCAAUCGCAGGAGCUGGAUGACCGAGUCUACGAUGCCAAGUGGACUCUUGGAUAGCUUGAUACGCAACGGUUGGGAGUUUGGAAGGAAGUGUGUAUAACCCAUGCUCACAGAGGCCCUUGUACUGCACCUGGUUGGUAGGAUUGUCCACUAUCUGGAAAUCGUUGGCAUUGAAAACAAGAGUGCAGUUGUUAUCUUUG